AUGAACGCACGCGCGCAGCUGACGGCCCUCAAGUAUAUGGAUGCCAAUGGUGACAUCCAUGACAUCACCCCUACCUCAGACCCUCACCUGUGGCGCGCCCUGACACUGGGCGUGGGCCGCCUGGGUAUCAUCCUGGAGCUGACCCUCAAGAUUGUGGAGAACCAGAGCGACGUAUCGAUCAAAACGUUCCUGGCUGACCUGCGGACCCUGCAAGAUGACUACAACGCGGCAAAGGGCGGCGCAGGGAAGCGGCCGGCGCCGGACACGGCCGCAAGCGUCUGGAAGGUGCUGCAGCCGUGGAACGACGCCCAGGUCUUCUGGCACUUCCCCCUGAAGAGCUGCUGGCUCAUCACCUACCAGCGCCUCUCCAACGCCACCCUCGCGCCGCCACCCGUCGAGGCCCUCAGCGGCCCUGUGGAGUACUCGGCCGGCGACGUCGCAAACGGCGCCAACCCCGCGGCCGGCCUGGUCGGGGCGGGCGACGCGCAGACCCUGCCGCCGGGCGCAUACCACCAGCGGUGGUCGCCAUCUGUGGGGUCGGCGCCGCUGAUGGGGCACAAUGCGAUGUACUGGGCAGGCGUGUAUGCUGCUUGGCUCGGAGUCAACGUCCAAUCAGAGACCCUGCCUGCCAGGAGGGCGUUCCUGUCCCUCAGCGAGAUGGAGAACAUCCUCUACUCCCCCUACAACUCCUACGACCAGUACGAGGUCGCCAUCCCUCUGAGCAGGGCGGCUGACUGCUUUCAGGCGCUGUCGGCGGAGGUCUACGGCCCCAGGGCCCUUUGGAACGGCUUUAGGGUGCCGGCCCUGCUGCGCUUCGUGUCAGGCGAGCGGUCGUACCUGGCACCAAGCAGCGUUGGCGCCACCCUGUACAUAAAUAUGGAGGACCAUGUUUCAUAUGCCACGGGCAAGCCCAACACGGGAUUCCAGGGGGUGGUGCACUUCCUGCGCACCCACCCGUCCUGCAGGGGCCGCAUGCACUGGGGCAAGGCCGGCUGGCCGCAGCACGCGCGCUGCUUCGACGGCGCCGCCGAGUAUGGGACCGACUGGUGCCACUUCGGCUGCGCCACGCGGCAGCUGGACCCCUCCGGAAAGUUCUCGUCCGCCAGCGACGUCUGGCACUGGUUUGCGACCGACCGGCGCAGCGGGGCGCGCGUCGAUUUUGGGCGCUGCUGCUUGGCGGCCGGCUUUGACGACGCGCGUUGCGUUUGCGCAAAGCGGAGCGACGGCUGCGUUUGA